UCUGCGGGAGUUAGAAGAAAAAUAUGAUUACUUUGUUUUUAAAACAGACAUCUUUCAUAGCAGACUGCUUGUCACAGUGCCUGUUUAGCUAAUCUACUGAACAUCUACAAAUAAUAUGACCUUCCUAACAGCAAGGCAUUUAUAACUAGUUACAAAGGAAACUGCAAAUCUUUUUUCAAGGCCGUACUGAAUGUCUUUCAUGAAAAAAAAAUCUGUUGUUUAAUUACAGUUCAGCCUUCAGGGGAAAACAAUCAGUUAGAAACCUCUGAUUUCACAGAAAAUGAAAACCAGAAGGCAUUUGUUCGCAACCUAUAAAUCUGCAGGAGUUACUCGUGACUACCUUAUGCUGACGUCUUCCAUAUCAAAACAAACAUUUGAUGGUUUGAAGGUGAAAAGAAAGAUUUUUCCCUGCAACUUUCAUUUGCAUUCAUCUUAUUUUGGAUUCAUGCUUAUAUAGUGGCCUGAAAUCUUAGAAGACAGGGAGCAGGACCACAGGUAAAGGUCUGCUCCCAAACAUACAAGUAAGGAAAGAGGGAACCAGUGAAUGUUAUCUUUUUUUUAUACAACCAGAUUACUAAAGAUCAUAAUGGAAGUAAAGAAAAUGAUACUUGCAUUUCUUGUGAGCUCGAUUUGUUUUAUUUCGACCUUUUCCCACAUAGUGUUUGAAGAACAGACCACAAACUCACUGCAAUUACCAGCUAUAAAAGCAAUAGAAAUUGUAGAGUUAACAAAGUCGUCAAGGAAAACUGUUAGAAAGGAUGUGGAAAAGAAAAAAUCACAAAAAAAUGGGGUGGUUAAGAAAACUAAGCCAGCUAACUGCGCUGAAACAUGGGAUAACUGUAAAGUGCAUUCUGUUCCCUGCUGCAACCCUUGUGCCUACUGUCAAUGCCGUCUCUUGAGAACAAUUUGCUUCUGCAAAAUGACUAACCCUAACUGCUAGGGUAAGAAGCAGUUUGAACCAAAAGAUCUUCUCCACAUCUUCCACUUUAUCAAUUUCUCUAGAACUUCAGAUCCUCUGUCAAAGAGAAAUGUUAGUCUUUGGCUAGACAGUAAGCCAUUGAAGAAAUUAUGUGAAAUUGUUAUUAAUGGUUAAAAAGCUUCAGUUUUGUUACAUUCCUUGAGACAUUCAGCAAAGAAAAAUAUUAACAAGAGCUUUUCAAAACUCAGAUAGAAAUGUUCUGCUUUAGCCUGACCGCCGAAGUGAGUGUGUCAUAUUGCUGUAUUCCAAAAACUAAAACAUCAGGAUAAAUCUUUGAUCAUUGAAUAUACAUUUUUCUAGAACUUUGUUAGAAGGUCACAGCAAGUUGUCUUAUUACUUCUGAUGACCAAGGCUACUGUAGCCCAUGUAUAAAUAAGCCAAACAGAGUUCAUACCCAGCCAAAUUUAUUUACAGAGGGGACACAAAAGUCCUAAAUAAAUUGCUGUGUGAAUGUUAAUGAUUUAAUCUAGUUAGCCAGUGGAAGAUACAAUUCAGAUAAAACAUUUUUUUUCUGGAAAAAUAACUAGAUACAUCCAACAAUACUCUGUGCUUGUCUACAGCAAGGCUACCUACUCAGACCCCAAGAAAAUGGCCACUUUCUCAGCUGAUAAAUGUAGUGUUAACUUCCUGUCGCCCAACCAUAUAGCUCUUCCCCUGAUCCCGCUUCCCUGCCUUCCCUCAAAACAGUAUGGAUAAAGUCCUUACAGGCCUAACCAAAACAUAGAAUACCAAAUACAUGGGCCUCAACAAUGUACCAAAUACUGUCUAUCUGAGCCUCUUCUUAACAUAUUUAACCUCAGCUUCUCAUCAGAUUGUGUAACUAAUACUUGGAGAACAGCUACAAUGACAUCAUCACAGAGUCAGUCUUAUUGUGAUCCAGGCAUCUACAGACCCUUUAGUCUCACCCAUCCUACAAGCAAGGCUAAAAAUGUAUCAUUUCUGGGCUCAUUAAACUAGAUAAAGAAAAUCUCCAAGCCAUGAAAACAAACCAAUCUGGCUUUGUCAAAGGCAGGUCGUGUGAAAACAAACCAAUCCGGCUUUGUCAAAGGCAGAUCGUGUGAAAACAAACCAAUCCGGCUUUGUCAAAGGCAGAUCGUGUGAAAACAAACCAAUCCGGCCUUGUCAAAGGCAGAUCAUGUCCACUUUACCUUGUUAGCUUCUGUGAAAAAGUCACAUAUGGAGAAUGUUCAUUCAGUACAUACUGCUGUCCUUUGGCUACCUAACUUUCUUGAUUAUUGAAAAUUGGGUGCCAUUGCUUUUCUGACCGUGGAUAUUCAGUUACUCCAAUAAGGGCUAGAUCAUGCCUAUACUUGGUGUAAAGACAACAAUCUCAUAUUAAAUGCCAUAAAAGGCAGUGUAGUCCUAUUUAGGGAAUUAAAUGUUUAAAUAUUCAAUUAUAUGAACAAUACACCAUUCCAAACCAAUACAAUCAGAAGCCUGGCUACAUAUGUUGGCAACCCAUAGUUUUUUGAUCAUCAUGUCUCCUCAAUAACUCAGAAAAACCUUCUAUUGUCUGGCUCAUGACAAAAUGUUAACAUUUCACCCUCAGACUUUCUAAAAGAAUUCUCCAGCUUAACUUUCACUUGCCACAUAACCAGCACAGCCACUCACAAUGACCCACCACUCAGCCAGCACAGCCACUCACAAUGACCACACCCCUGAUUAUCUUUUUCCAUUCAGUUUCAAUAAAGUCACAGAGAAAUAAAUUACCCUUAGCUGAGCAAAUCCUUAUUGACUCUACGACUGCCCUUGGCAGCUUGUGUCCUUAGUUUCUGCACUACUCUAGCGACUCCAUUUUUACUACCAUGAAACACAUCUUUAAUCUCAGCUUUAACCAACAACUUUACCACAAUAUGGAAAAAAGUUUUGUUAGAACCUACAUUGACCAACCUCUUCAAACCCAUCUCAAUACUCUCAACUUUGGGCAAAACCAAACAAUGCAGUACCCCAGCUAAUUCAAAAUAAACCUUGAUAAUUGGAAGGGUGGCUAUAAAUUCUCCCCAGAGUUAUAUUGCAUGGCCCUCUUGCACUAAGGAGGAAAUCUCUGUUAAAUUAUUUUACGCACAUGCGCAUUCAGUUCAACAAACAAUGGUCUUAGUGACUGAUUGUCUAGUAUCCACCUAUGAGCCUACGAACAUAGCAUAAGCUAUGUGCUUCAUUUCUUAAAUAGCACCACAGGCAGGACACAAUUUAGAAUACUACUAAUUAUUAAUUAUCAUAUGCAUUUUUCCUGUAAUUGCAUGGUACAAUGUCAUUUUCCCUAGGCAGGUAUGAAGGUACCCAGUGGAGUAAAUAAUGACUACCAUCACACACAAAGUUACUGCAUUUAUGCUUCACUCUCUCUUAGUGAGAAGUGACUUCUUUAUUUCAUUUGAUAAACAUAUCCUCAGCAGCAUGGCUUUAUCUGUAUCUGUAAUCGGAUUAAUAUGCAUAUCUACUGUCAGUAUUUUGGGGAUUUUGAUUAUAUAUCUCCUGCAUAUUAUUAUUCUAAAAUGUAUAUAUUAAUGCUAUAAAAUCCUUGCCAGUA